AUGGCUACAGAUUCAGCAAUGGAAUUUGGGAAAGACUCAUGUGCGUCUGUUACUAUACCGAAAUUUUGGCACGACAAAGUGGCUCUCUGGUUUAUGCAAGUGGAAGCGCAGUUCCAGGUGGCGCGAAUCACGAAAGAUGAUACGAAAUUCGCGCAUGUCGUGGCCAAUUUGGACGCGAAGUACAUCGAGGAAGUGGAAGACAUUGUGUGCAACCCUGCGGCAGAAAGGAAGUAUGAAGUUCUAAAAACAGAGCUAAUCAAACGGCUCUCCGACUCGAGGACGGUCUGCGUACGCCGGUUGUUGGAGAAAGAAGAAGUCGGCGAUAGGACUCCAACGCAAUUUUGGAGGCACCUGAAGAAACUGGCAGGCAAGGAAGUGUCAGAGGAAUUCCUCGUAGAGUUAUACAAGAGCCGCCUUCCGGAGAAGACACAGUUGGUGCUGGCUGCGACCUCCGAUACAAAAGGGGAAACGUUAGCCGAAAUCGCCGAACGGGUGCACGACAUUUCGGGCCCGCACGGUUAUGUAGCGGCCAUUCCUGCAGAGACGCGCGUUAUCGAGCAGCUGUGUGCCGAAAUGAAGGAAAUGAGAUUGCAAAUGAACGCGAUCAUGAGGGAAUCGCGACAGCCUCAACGAACCAGGAGAUCGAGUUCGCGCGCCCGAAGCAAGUCGCGCAGCCCAGUCCGCGACCGAACAAAACGGUUGUGCUGGUACCACUUCAGGCACGCAGAGAAGGCAACACGAUGCGUAACUCCGUGCGCCUGGAACCAGCCGAAGACGCCGGAAAACUAA